UCGCGAGAGCCGCGGCCCUCGCGAGAGUUCGGCGGCGGUGGCGGCGGCGGGAUGGGAGCGCCGAGAUGCCCCGGCACUGCUCCGCCUCCGGCUGCUGCACCCGCGACACCCGCGACACCCGUGGCAGGGGCAUCUCCUUCCACCGGUUGCCACGCAGGGACGACCCCCGCCGUGUGCAGUGGCUGGAGAACAGCCGGCGCCGGGACCCCUCGGGGGGGGGGCGCUGGGACCCCUCCUCCAAAUACAUCUAUUUCUGCUCCCAGCACUUCGAGAGCCACUGCUUCGAGGUAGUGGGCUACAGUGGUUACCACCGGCUCAAGGAGGGGGCCGUGCCCACCGUGUUCGCCCCAGGCCCCCCCCGGCCCCCCAGGAACCCUAAGCCGAAGCCCCCCCCGCCCGACAGCGACCCCCCAAAGCCCCUGCGGACCCCCAGGAAGUGGAAGCAGGACCCUCCCCCGACGCCCCCGGCCCCCCCGUUCCCCCCCUCCCUCUCCUGCUUCCCCCCGGACUCCAAAUCCCCCCCGGCCGCCGCCCAGGGCGGGCUCCCGGUGCCGCCACCAGAGACCCUUCUGGUGGCCACGGGCGACGCCGAGGCCGCGGCGGCUCCGGCCCUGCCCGAGGGGGCCCCCCCGGCGCCCGCGGGACCCCCCGGCCCGCCCGGCCCACCGUCACCAUCGCUGUUCAUGGCCCGGCUGCCGCCCCGCGCCGGCUCCUACAUCCAGAGCGAGCACAGCUACCAGGUGGGCUCCGCCCUGCUCUGGAAGCGCCGCGCCGAGACCGCGCUCGACGCCCUCAGCAAGGCCCAGAGGCAGCUCCAGGCGGGGAAGCGGCGGGAGCAGCGGCUCCGGCAGCGCCUGGCCGAGCUCCAGAGGGACACACGGGGGAUUCCGGAGCUCCAGAGGGACAUGCGGGGGAUCCCAGAGCUCCAGAGGGACACGUGGGAUAUCCCGGAGCUCCAGAGGGACACACAGGGGAUUCCGGAGCUCCAGAGGGACACACGGGGGGUCCCAGAGCUCCAGAGGGACACGGGGGGUGUUCCGGAGCCCCGGAGGAGCCCCAGGGACCCCCCAGUCAAGGGGGAGGUGGAGCCGGUGGGGGACAGGGGGAGGUGAGUCCUGGGCACCGGGGGUGGGGGGGCUGUAAAUAAAGAUUUCACGUUUUCCAUGUGGAGUUUGUGGAGAUUUCUGCGAGUUUGGGGAGACUUCUGGGAAUUUAUGGGGAUUUAUGUGAAUUUCUGGGAGCUUUUAGGAGUUCCCAGGAGGAAUUUCAGGUGGAAAGUCUUCCCGGUGAGGGCGGAGAGUGGAAUUCCAGGUGCCACCAGGAGUUGGGACAGGGAAGGGUUUGGAGUGACAGGACACAGGGAAGGGCUUCCCGCUGAGAAUGGGGAG